AUGUACCCUAUCAACACCUCUAUACGCGAAAUCAGUGACAACUCUUGGUUGAUUGCAGAUAAUUUGUUGCUUAGUCGCCAGCAAACAGUAUCUCCCAGUCUGGCCUCAUGGAGCGAUGAAAAUGGCGCCUUUUUUGUUCUUUCUAGUGCCACUGCUCCAAUUCCCGAAACACGGCCACUUCCGGCAACAAGUGAACUUCAGAAAGUUUAUGACGCAGGUGAUGUCUCGGCAGUCUGGCGCGUUGGAGAAGCUUUUAUCAAAUUAAAAGAUCUCAUUACACCAAAAGCAACAAGAGAGCAUACGACCUUACAAUACCUACGGGAUAAGCAUCCGCUUGACUUUAACAUUCCGGAGGUCUAUUACUAUGCAGACCUCGGUAAGCGGUAUUUGAUUAUUCUCGGAAGGCUUCCUGGUCUUACCCUGAAUGACAUAUGGUAUGAAAUGGAUGAGACCGUAAGACAGGCGUGUGUAUCUCGUAUCGCCAACAUCUGCAAGUCUUUGACGACAUGGACGGGUGAAUCUAUUAGUGGCGUUGAUGGGAAUCAGCUGACAGAGGAAUACUUAAUCAAGCCUCGUGCUGAAAUGGACUUUGAUCCUAGUCAUCUUCUUAAGAGUUGUGACGAAAUAGGGAUGGAUUGCUCGUCCUUUGUUUUCUAUCAUUGUGACUUAGGGCCUGGGAAUAUCCUUUUUGAUAGAACCGAUUGUUCUAUUGGCAUCAUCGAUUGGGAAACAGCUGGGUAUGUUCCAAAGGAGUGGAUUCGAACCAAAUUUCGUUGUUCGAGUGGGAUGGAUUUGCCGGAGAAACUUGAAGAAGUUAUUCCGCAGCAUGACUGGAGGCGGCGUGUUUCUCAAGAGCUAGAGAAAUUGGGGUUCUCUGAUGUUGUCGAGAACUGGUUAACUUGGUGGGCGGUAAAAUAA